CCCAAUAAGAGCCCUGAAGGGGGGCCCCCCACACUUCUUGUGAGACUUUCAGCCUGCUCAGCACGCACAAAACCUCCAACAUGGUCGACGCCUUCUGUGCCACUUGGAAGCUGGUGGACAGCGAAAACUUCGAUGAGUACAUGAAAGCGCUCGGUGUGGGAUUCGCCACCCGGCAGGUGGGCAACGUGACCAAGCCCACCGUCAUCAUCAGCCAGGAGGGCGACAAGGUGACCAUCCGCACGCAGAGCACCUUCAAGAACACCGAGAUCUCCUUCAAGCUGGGGGAGGAGUUUGACGAGACCACCGCCGACGAUAGGAACUGCAAGUCCACAGUGAGCAUGGACGGAGACAAGUUGGUCCACGUGCAGAAGUGGGACGGCAAGGAGACCAAGUUCGUCAGGGAGAUCAAGGACGGCAAGCUGGUCAUGAACUUGACCUUCGAGGACAUCCACGCCGUACGCACCUACGAGAAGGCGUAGAGGCCAACGUUUGCACCUCUUCUUCAUCAUCGUCUUCCUCCUCAAGCAAGCUGCACGUUUUAUUUUUAUCAAGUCUUUUUUUUUUUUUACAUGAAAAAAAUGACAUAUUGGACUGAUCAUCUUUGCAAAUGUGGUAAAUAAAACACGGGGAAAUUUUA